AUGGGAAAUUCCAAAUCUAAAGAGAUCACUAAACAUGCAAAGGUUGCUUUCACACCUGAAUAGCUGUAAUAAUUAGAAAAGUUGUUUGCAGGACUAAAUGGAGGCAAAGAUCUUGUGGAAAGAUCUUUUCUACCUCACUUCCCUGAAAAUCCAGACUUUUCGAUCAAGUUGUUCAAUUGGAUGGUCGAAAGAAGUCCGAAUCACUCAGUUGAUUAUGCUAACUUUGUUGCAUUAUGUAAGUUCUAGUUAACAUUUUAGUGGAGUUGCUACUUAAGGAAUUGAAGGAUUACUAUCUAAGUGACUAUAAGUUUAGAAAUUUAGAAAAGUUUGAAUUGUUUGCCUUGAUCAGUUUGGAGUGUUUGGAAAAUGAUAAGGAUUCCAUUAACAGGUAGUUAAUUAAUGGUAGUUAUUUUAGAUUUGCUGUAUCAUACUCUUAAGGGAGCAUUGUUAUAAGGGAAUUAUUGAAUAUCUAUUCUGGAGGUUAAAUAACUAAUUCAUAGAGAAAUGAUUUGGCUGCCAGAUCAGUUACAAAUACUAUAUUUGAUCAAAAAGAUGAAAUGCCAUUCAAUCAAUUUGUAAGUAUGGCCAAAGCUUAGUUGAUCUAUGCUAACAGACUGUGCAAAUAUUAUUUUAAUAUGAAAUUUCUGGGAGAACAAACUCAAAUUCAAAUACCAAGAUUGAACACUUCCAGUUUUAUCUUGAAUGAUUAAGUGUUAGCCUUACUUUAAUUGAGUUCUCCUGAUUUCAGUAAAAUCAAAUAAUUAUAAUUACAAUUUUCAUCUUCAGUAAGUGAGGAUGAUUUGGAUCACAUUGCAGAUAUUGUAAUAAAUGCUUAGAAACCAUUGUUGUUCAUAUUUAGAAAUAGAGAAGAUGAAUGUAAAUUAUUAUUAUUAUCAAUCUUAUUAAGCAUAAAAUGACACUUUUCAACAACAAGUCUUUGGAGCUUAUAUUUCAAUUGAUCCAACACUUGAAACUCAUCAUAUUAGGAGAAAGUUGAAGGAUCCCAUGAAUAUCCUCUAUAGUGAUAGUGAUCCCAAGAGCUUGUAUUUCGGUGAUGAAAAGAGCUUCCUCUUCUCACUACUUCCAAAAUAUCAGCUAUUUAUGAGUACCUUUGAUCAGAGGUCAAAAUAAUGUUUUGCUUAUAUAAACAAUAAAUCAUUUAGGAAUGAUCAACCAUUGGGAUUAGCAUUUGGUGGAGAUGGGAAAGGAAACCAUAGAAUUUGGCUUGAUGAAAACCUUAAAGGAAAUGCCACUUGCAGAAUUAAUAACUAAUGUGAUCUCACUUAUGAGAUGGGCUAUCUAUUAGAACCACAUAUUGAAUUCUUAAAUGUAUGCCAAUUCUAUUUAAUCUAUUAGUUAACUUGCAUUGAAGUUUGGAGUGUUGAAGAGAAAGAAACCAAUCCAAUUUUAUAGAGUAAGAUCAUUGAAGCAGGAAAGGAAGAUAUACAAUAAAAGGAUGUUGAACAACAGAAAUAAAGUGUUAUUGAGUAAAAAUGAUAGAGG